CUCAGAUUUGGGAGGUCCCAUUACAAUUCCAGUUGGUCCUGAAACUUUAGGGGGUAUUAUGAAUUUUAUUGGUGAUCCAAUCGAUGAAAGAGGACCAAUUAAAACAAAAAUUAGAUAUCCAAUUCACAGAGAAGCUCUAAGCUUUGUUGAUUAAGGUAGUUCUGAAAUCUUGAUUACUGGUAUUAAAUAGUGGAUUUAUGGGCUACAUAUGCUAGAGGUGGUAAAAUUGGAUUGUUAGGUGGUGCAGGAGUCUGAAAGACGGUGCUUAUUUAUGAAUUAAUUAAUAAUACAGCUAAAUCUCACGGUGGUUAUUCUGUUUUUCUGGGGUAGGAGAGAGAACAAGAGAAGGAAAUGAUUUAUAUUGAUUAAGGUGUUAUUAGUUUGAGAGGUUAAUAAUCAGGAUGUGCUCUUAUUUUA